GUUUGCUUUUGUCCAAGUUGAUUUUGGUGUUGGUCCAUGAGCAGCGACGCGAGCAUUCACCAAGCGCUCAUGCGUGCGCUCGAUCGGGACACCGACAGCUUCACAGAGCUGCUGACCGAGCUCACUGAGCGUGUUGGUCGAGAUCGUGUGACAGCCAUCCUCAACAGCGUGUCGCCCCGCGGCCAGACGGCGCUGAUUGUGUGCAUUGAACGCGGCGAGCUCGAGCUUGUUGAAAUGCUGGUGAAGGAGUUCAAAGUUCCGACUUCCACUGCUGAUGGAACCAAGUCAACUCCGCUGAUUGCUGCCAUUUGCAGCAGUGCUGAAGACAUUGUCCAGUUCUUGCUCAGCGCGCCGGGGAAACUAAACCUCGAUGCCGCCGACAACCAGGGCUGCACUGCCCUGCACUGGGCUCUGCGUUUGUCCCAAUCUGACGUUGCCAAGUCACUGAUUGAGCGUGGCGCGCGGGUGGAUUUGGCCACAACCACUGGCAUGCAACCGCUCCAUGACGCCGCUGCUGAGAACCUGGUGGAGCUACUGCCAGUGCUUGUCCAGCGUGGCGCCAAUGUCAGCGCCAUUGACAAGAAAGGCAACACGCCGCUGCAUUUUGCCAUGUCGAAAGGGCACUUGGAUGCGGUCGAGGUUCUGACCGAGAAGCUUGCAAGCCCAGUUGAUGGUCAGUGUUUGGCCGACGACAACGCGUGGCAUCAAAGAGUUCGCAACCACAAUGGAGACACAGUUCUGCAUAUUGCCGCCGCGAACGGCAACUUGAAGCAAUAUUGCCGCCGCGAACGGCAACUUGAAGCAAGUGCAGAUGUUUGUGGCGCGGUCAAAGAACGUCAACCAACUCGACCAAAACGGCGCGUCUGCCGUGAAAACGGACACUCUGCCGUCGUUGAGUAUUUGCUCGCGAAUGGCGGAUUGGAAAUUGACGCAGCGCCAGCGCAACCGAGCGCGGGAGAGGAGCAGAAUGACAGCGAUGAUCAUGACGAUGACCAGUCCGAUAAACCCCGCAAACAGCUGAGCUCCUCUGAGCGCGCCAAUAUGCGCCGAAGAGCCCGCCAGCACAAGGCUCCAGCCGCUGCCGCCGCCCACGCUAGUCGUGAUGAAUCCCAUACUUCCGCACCUGUUCAUGGCACCCAGUCUCACGAGGCCGGCACGCCAACUUGGAUUAUCGCUGUCGCUGUGUUGGUUGUGAUUUUAUUUGUUCUUGCCUUUGUUCUGCGUCGCUGAAUCCUGAAACGAAUUUUUUUUUCUGCUGUUGUUUUUGUUCUUCUGGUC